GUCUUCUAUUACGUAUUAUAAUAGCAAACGAGUUGUUAGGGUUGUACACAUUGAAUUUGCUUUCUAGAAAAGACAUGAGAUUGACGUUUCGAAGUCUUCGGCUACAAUAAAGUUUUUUGACAACUAAUAGCUAUAAAACAGCUUUAAGAAGUAUCUGGUAAUACACCGUUGGUAAUACUCAAAGUUUUCAUGAUUUCCUCUAAAACGUCUCAUGGCAUUGUAUUGGACAGACAUUAUGAGUCUUGGUCGUAUGGGAAAACUAAGAAAAAAGUGCUUGAUAUUCUUGGAAUUGAUCAAUUCGAUCAGAUUAGAAACUCGAUGUUGCUUAAUGAAACAACCCAAUCGUUUUGUAUUAAAUCAAAUAAAGAUUGUAUUGAUGUAAAUAGUAAAAUCAAGUCUAAAAUAACCAAUCAUUUUGAUCAAUCAUAUUUAAAUUCAUACACCAAACAACCGGAAAGAUUGAAACAAUUUAUAGAUAGAGACGAAAAGCAAAGUUUCAAAAAAAAUAUCUUUUUUUUUGUUUGUUCGGUACAGGAACAAAAUAGUAUUAACAAUCGAAGAACAAGUAGUGUUUUAAAUAUUAUCCAUAAUAACAAUCCAAACAACGUUCAUGUACAUAAUGAAAAUCAAAAAAGUAAAAGAUCGUUUAGUUCGCCUUCGUUGAUUCUACCGAACAUUAGGAAACAUGAUCGUCGACAAGAGUUUCAUGAUUAUUUACAAAAUAACAUCCAGAUACACUCUUGUAAAACCAUAAGGACAAUAUUAAAAAAAAGAAUCUAUGACCUUGGAUGUUACCCGAAUUUUUUAAUCCAUGAUGCAGCAUUUAAAUGCUGCGACAAGUGUCUAAAAGCGCUAAUAAAAAAUGGUUGUUCAAUUUCUCAACAAGACGACUCUGGAUUCAUUCCCUUGCAUGCUGCCGUUAUGGGUGAAAAUAUUUCAGCACUAACUUUUUUAUUACAACACAACGCACAUGUGAACGAAAGCUCAAAUGAUGGUUGGACCGCGUUACACUUAGCCGUUAUUUUAAAUAACUUGAAUAUGGUCCAUAGUAUAACAGUUCGUGGUGGAAACCCUUACUUAGCAACGAAACUAGGGAUAACACCGUUUGAAUUAUCUAUAAAAAAUAAGCAAACAUUGAUACUCGAUUAUUUUAUUUAUUUAAAACAUACAUGAUUUAUUUAAAAAGGUUGUAACAAAUAAUUGUUAGAUUGAGUAGAAGGAGAGUAAUUUUUUAAUUAUAAUAAACAAUUGAACAGUAAAAUUCAAUAAUAUUAACUAUAAUUAACUGUAAUGUUUAUUAAUAUAUGCUGAUGUUUUUUAUGGGAUU